GUUCAUCCAAUGCUUUCCUUGACCUUUCCGCCUCGUUGUCCACGGAUUAUUCUGCUUGGUCGGGGGACAAUAUGCCAUCCGCACCUCCACCUCAGUUCUUGUCGAUAGGCGGCUUUAGGGUCGCUCUGGAACUGUAUCCUUCGCUUGUGGAGAAAGUGUACACGUCCAAACUCAAAGAUCCCAAGAAAGUUGCGGACGCGCUUCAACGCGACAAAUGGCGAUUCGAGGAAUUGCCGGCCAAUGUUGCCCACAUGAUCGGCAGUCGUCAGAAAGACGUGAAACAUGAGAAGGCUAGCAGUAAUGUCAAGGAUGGGGGGCUCACGAAAAACGCUGUUGAAAGGCUAGUGCAAUGGAAGAUCACGCAUGGCCACUCUCGUCCGUUCCUGCCCGCCAUGGUGCGCAAAAACGAUCCGUUAGCAGUUCAAACCCAGACGGCUGCGGCGUUCACCAAGCUAUCCUUUUCUGAUAGUCCUGAACCCCCAUCAACAUCGACAGUGGUCGCUUCGCUGAACGCCGCGUGCAAGCUUACAGGCAUAGGACCUGCAACAGGAACUUUGAUUCUGAACAUCUUCGAUCCAGCUCACAUCCCGUUCUUCCAGGACGAGAUGUAUGCUUGGUUUCUUCCAGACACGAAGUCGGACAAACUGAAGUACACCCAGAAAGAGUACCUGCAACUGCUGGAAGCUGUACGGCCGGUGUUAAAGAGGUUAGCUGUUAAUGCUGUCGAUUUGGAGAAAGUCUCAUAUGUUUUCGGACAUAUGGACCAGCUUGAUGAAGAGGAGCGCAAGAGGUUGGAGGAGUCGGUGGCAACUGCUGACGAACAGGAGGCGGAAACAGACUUGCCGCAGCAGGAAGCGAUUGUAAAGGCUGGAGAUCCUGAGAAGAAAGGGACGAAGGAAAACGUUGCCGUGAAGAAAGGGCAGAAGAGAGCGCCAGAAACCGAAGCGAAGGAAGAUGGCGUUCAGCAGAUCUCCGGACGGCGAACACGCCAGAAGAAAUGACCUGCUCCACCGGGGUCGAACACAUUAUUUAUCAAUUACUAUCGACUCGCCGCAUACGACGCCCGAAAUGU